AUGGAAAAUAAUCUAGCGAUAUCUUUGAACAACGCUAAGGAUUAUCUAAAAAAGAAAAACGAAAAUGGACAAUCUGUAUAUGAACAUAUUUGUGAUUUAAUUAAUUAUAUAAUUUUAGAAAAACCAGAUAAAUGUUAUGACAAUUUUGAAAUAAUAUCAACACAAGUAAAAGAAAAUAAAAAACAUAUUUAUAAAAAUAAUAAUGGAAACUCAAAAAACAUAUUAAAAGAAAUCGAUCAAACUAAUUCUACAUUAGAUAAUUAUAUAUUAAAUAAUUAUAUAAAACAAAAAAAUGAAUGGAUGCAAAAAAUAAAAAAAAUAAUUGAGGAACUAAAAUACACAGAAAAAUAUAAUGAAGAAAAUAUUAAGCCAAUAAAAUUACCAUUUUCAAUAAAUUUAUUUCAUCAAAUAGAAUUAAUAAAAUGGGCUGGUUAUCAAAUAAAUACUAAUCUAAUAUUUUAUAUUGAAAAUUCUAUAAAAAAUAUUUUAAAAAAAAAUAAAAAUUCAUUAAUAUCUUUAAACUUUUGGGGGAUCCUAAAAGGAAUAAAUAAUGAUUAUUAUAUUUUAGAAGGACAACUUAAAAAUUAUAAAAAAUCUUUAUCUACUUUUAAUAAAAAAAAAAAAAAAAAAAACAGCCAAAGUUCAGCAAGCUCAACAAGCUCGAAAAGCUCGAAAAGUUCGGAAAAUUCAAAAAAUUCAAAAAAUUCAAAAAAUUCACCUGACUCAGUCAGCUCAAAUGAAUCAACAAGUUCAAAUUCAAAUUUGUCUACUACACCAAACACUUCAGAAAGUUAUAAUAGUGAUGAACAAAAAAGCCAAAAUAAAUCAGAAAAAAGUCAUAUUAAUACAAAUAAUGUAAAAUCUUUAUACACAAAAGAAGAAUAUCAAAAUUUUAACAAAAAAAUAAAUAAAUAUGUCUAUUGGGUUUCAAUUAAUGGUACUAAUAAAUGGGUUUUGUUAAAACCAACUACUCCUGAGUAUAUAGAAAAAACAAACAAAAUUAAUAAAAUGUUAACUGGAAAUAUUAAUCAUAUUAUUACAUCUUUUCCAAAUAUUCAAAUAAAAGAAAAACAUUACUUAAGAGCUCUUAUCUCAAUAAUUUCAUCUUAUACAUGUAUAUCCCCAAAAAAUUAUUUUAUUUUUAAAACAGAAGAAAAUUCAGAAAAAAAUGAACAAACAGAUGAUGAAGAAAAUGAAAGUAAUAAAGAAAAUACCCAAUCUAGUGUUGUCAGUGAUGAAUCAGAAAAAAGUGAAAAUGAUGAUAAUAAUUCUGAUCCUAUUAUAAAUUAUAAAUUUAAAUAUGAUAUAAAUUUAUUAUCAAAUAUCACAAAUUGGGUAUAUUCUAGAUAUCAUUUUUUACCAAAUGGACAUAUCGUAUAUCCAAAAAUUAAAUCAAAAAAAGAAAAAGAUGAUAAAAAUUAUAAACAAAUUAUAAAUCUAAUUAAACAAACACCCCCUUUAAAAAUACUUAGAAAAAUUAAGGCACAAAAAAAUAACCAAACAAAUAUAUAUACAUGGAAAAUUAAACAUCUUAAUCAUGGUUAUUCAUAUGGAAUAAAUAAUAACCACUAUGAUAUAAUUAUAAUUUAUAAUUUUGUAUUUUAUGGUGCUUUUACAAUAUAUUGUAAUAAACAACAUUUUAAUUUUUAUAUUGGAACUGGUAUUAGGUCAAAACAUGCUUUUAUCCACACUUAUCAACCAGACAAAAUAUAUUCAGAUAAUAGUGAAUUAUCCGAACAAGACCAAAUAGAAUAA